GUUCGAUAGCUGGCUGGGGCUGUCCCCGACGCUGGCUUCUGACCUGCUAGCGCAAUGGACCAGAGCACAAGCUCCAUCCGGCAGACGACUUAGUACUGACCAUCCUGACAGGCGUACUAGCGCGACGGUGUUCGACCAGGGUCCAGGACCGACGCUGCCGUGCUCCAAAAGGGGGGUCGCCGCAUCACCAUCGCGCACUGCGCUCAACACCGUCGGCCGUGUCCUCGAACCAUUCUGACUUUGACGACUAUUGUAAACGACUGGAGCGACGUUUGGCAGAUAACUUGCAACGAUGUGGUGGUCAGACCCCGCCAAGGAGGUCCUGAACAUCGUGUUCAACCGCGUCCUCGCGCCGUAUGUCGAGAACUUGGACAUGGGCCAAGUGAACUAUGGGAUCGGGCAAGGCCGCGUUACGCUGAGCAACCUCCGGCUGAAGAAGGGCGCACUGGACAAAUUUCGGCUGCCCGUGGACGUGAUUGAAGGGCACCUCGGGAAGUUCACAUUAUCUCUCCAUUGGAUGAAUCUAGGCAACCAGCCGGUCGAGGUUCUGGUCGAAGACGUAUAUCUCCUCGUGGUUCCCUCAGCCGAGUCCACGUACGAUUCUGCCGAGGAAGAGAAGAGGCAGCAAGCCGCCAAAAUGGAACGAAUAGAGAACGCUGAAUUGCUGCAUGUUCGGGGAAAGUCGGAUGUCUCGCAAGACUCGCAACAGUCCGAAGGGCUGAUCUCGUCGCUCAUUGCAAAGAUUAUCAAUAACCUGCAAGUCUCGGUGAAGAAUAUCCAUAUACGAUAUGAGGACAAGAUGAGCGUUCCGGGGCAUCCAUUUGCCGCCGGGGCUACUUUGGCGGGAUUCACUGCCGCUUCCGUCAACGAGAAAUGGCAACCUGCAUUCAUAGACAGCAAAGCUGGAACCAUCCAUAAGUUAUCUAAGUUGGAGUCUUUGGCAAUGUACUUUGACACCGAUGCGGAGAGCAUGGCUGGGCUGUCGCAUGCGCAGUUCAUCAAGAAGUUCACGGAGCAAAUCUCGCGGGGGGACUACUUGCCCGACCAUCAGUUCAUACUCAAGCCCGUCACGGGAGAAGGCAGGAUAACGAUGAACCGCACGCUCGACAAGGAAACACCAAGAUUUGACGUUCAACUGUUGUUCGAUGAGAUCGGUGUCAUAUUGGAUGACAACCAGUAUCGUGAUGCGAUCUCGUUGGUCGAUAUGUACCACUUCUAUAUGCGGCAGCACCAGUAUCAGAAGUUCCGGCCCAAGGCGGAGCAGCUAAACGAGAACCGUCCGAGAGCGCUACUGAAAUUUGCAGGCCGGGCUAUUCUUGACGAGGUCCAUGAACACAGGAGACGAUGGACUUGGGCAUAUUUCGCCGAGAGGCGCAAUGAACGACAUCGUUACGUCGAACUAUUCAAAAAGAAGCAGCAGAAUGCCCUCGUUGACCCGCAGGAGCAGCGGGAGCUAGACGCAUUCGAAAAGAAGCUAUCGUACGAAGACAUCCGGUUCUACCGGUCCAUUGCGCGUUCGCAGCUUCGGAAGGACAUGGCCUCGAGGCGGAAGAUCGAGGAAGAGAAGAAGCAGCAAGCACCUGCGCAAACCAGCUGGUCAAGCUGGAUCUGGGGUUCCUCGGGCUCGAGCUCAGACGGUACCACAGAGGCUCCGCCCGAGGAUUCCGCAUUUACAGGCGAGAUGACGGAGGAGCAGCGGAAGCAGCUGUAUGAGGCCCUGGACUAUGACGAGAAGACUGCGUUGACGGAGUCCUUCGAGACCCCGCGAGACGCUCUCAAGGCCCGCGUGUUGGCGCAACUGAACCGGGGUUCCUUCGCUCUCAAGCGGGACCCGCAUGGCGCGAACACAGAGAUCAUCUCUAUCGUCUCUGACGUGUUUCAGGCGACGUUUGUUCAGCGGCCGGACAACUUUGAGACGUCUGUCUCCCUGAGCGGCUUCGCUGUCUACGAUAGCACGUCGAAAGACACGCUGUACAAGCGGAUCGUGCAUGUGCAGGAGCGACGCAACAACGGCGGCGUCGUGAAGACACAGGUCGUUGAGGGCGCCGGUGAGAUCACGGACAUGGUCGAUCCGUUCUUCUACCUGAGGUUCGAGAACAACCCCCUCGAUGAGCGCGCGGACAGCGCGUUAGAGGUCAAGAUGCGUUACAUGGAGAUUGUGUACCAUAGAGGCUACGUGGAGGCUAUCUACAAGUUCUUCAGACCUCCCGCUGGCCAGAUUGAGUCCGUUGAAGCCCUCUUGGACGUGGCUAGUCAGACGCUCGAGGGUCUGCGCAAGGAGACAAGAGCUGGCCUCGAGUAUGCCUUGCAGACCCACAAAACGGUAGACGUCCAUAUGGAUCUAAACGCCCCGAUCAUCAUCGUUCCCGAGGACAUUACGACGAAUAACUGCAAGCACUUGUUGAUUGAUGCCGGCCAUAUCUCCGUCGUGAGCCAACUUGGUAACAAAGAAGCUAUCAAGGAGAUCCAGUCGAAACGCAAGCUGAAAUAUACGGACGAAGACUACCAGCGCCUCGAGUCUAUGAUGUACGACAAGCUCUCAGUGAGACUGAAGGAUGCACAGUUCCUACUAGGCAACGACCUGCAAUCGUGUUUGGACGCAUUGUCGUCCGAGCGCAAUGACAAGCUGCAUUUGCUUGAGCGUGUCACUCUCGAUCUGCAGGUGCAGAACUCUAUCGUUCCUACUGCCUACAAUCUGGCACGGUUCAAGAUCUCUGGUCACCUGCCGAGCUUGCAGGUCAACCUCUCGGAUACCAAGUACAAGGCCCUGAUGCGCCUCGUCGACGUAUCUGUGCCGCACUUCGACGACUCUGCGGACACGAUUAGCCAUACAGCUACCUCUCAGCGGUCCAAUGCUUUCAAGCUUCCGUCAGGCUUCUUCGGCGCGUCCGAAAAGUCUGAGUACAACGUGGAUGAUGCCGAAGAUGGAUCCAGCGAGGCAGCAUCGUCGCCGAAGGUCGAACAUGAAGAACAAGAUGAGGAGUUCUAUGAUGCCGCGGAUGGCGUACCUACGAAUCCCGCGCUACACCAGCACAUCGUGGAGUUUGACUUCACCGUCGACGUCCUCCGAGCUUGUCUAUCGAAGUCUGGUGCAGACGGCGUCGAGAAAGCCAUGGGGGAUGUGAGCUUCUCUCAGUUCGGAUUGGUCUUCGCCAUGGCGAAGCACGUCAUGACGGUGGACGUCCAUCUCAGUUCUAUAUCGAUGAACGUCUUCCAGAGUGGCAAGAGUCCGCUGGAGUGUAUUUCCUCCGCUGUAGGAGGCUCAGACGGCGAUCUCCUGGUGGUCAAGUAUGUCCGGGUGGACCGCCAAUCCCCCGAGUACGUGCCUCUUUACAACGGCAUCGAUCAGAGCGUCAACAUCACCACGUCGACCUUCAUCUUCCGCGCCGCACCCGAACCUGUCAUCUCUCUCUACGAGUUCAUCAUGACGACGUUCGUCCCAGAGAAGCGAGCGGAUGCAGCACCUUCCCCAGUCGACUCACCUCAGAUCGACAACGCAGUGUCGAGCCAAGAAGCUGCGGGCACCGCAUCGGAUAAGAUCAACGUUUCACUGAAACUCGCGAGUGUCCAGGUUUACCUCAUCAACAACGACGUCAAGCUCGCAACACUGUCUCUUUCCACCGCUGAUGUGACAAUCUCGCUGCGUGCGAAUGCUAUGCAUAUCGGCGGUAGACUCGGCAGCCUCGAUUUACACGACGACUCUGAGCUGACGACAUUUUCCCCGGCCUUCAAGCAAAUACUGUCCAUUGAAGGGGACAACUUCGCCAACUUCCAGUACCAGACGUUCGAUCCGAAUGACCAAGCCACCUACACUGGCAUCAAGUCAGCGUUCUACCUCAACACAGGAUCGCUGAAGCUGCACUACCUGGAGCAACCUCUCCAUGACAUCUACCUGUUUAUCACUAAGCUUGCGAAACUCAAGGGGUUGUAUGACGCCGCGGCGGAGGCUGCUGCUCAGCGAGCUUCAGAAAUUGAGAGGAUGCAUUUCGAUGUGACCAUCAAAAGUCCUAUCGUCGUCUUCCCUUUCAAUCCUGAACAGUCUAUGGACAUGCUCUCCCUCCGGCUCGGAGAAUUGAGCGCUCGCAACGACUACGAGGGGACUGCAAGUCGCGUCACUGCGAGUCUACGCGGCGUGCAGUUAGCGUCGAAGACCUAUAACGAGAGGCAUCAAUCGUCGUUCCUCAAGAUUGUCGAUGAUAUCGACAUGAAUGCAAGUGUCGUCCAAACUAACGGCAUUGACCGCGCGGCAGACCUCAAUCAGCCAGAUACCCAAGUAGCCGUCAAGAUCCCGGACGUCCGCCUUCAUUUGACACAGCUGCAAUACAAACUGCUCAUGGAUCUAGCGCAGUCCAUCCCUAGGGUCCUGGCUGGCGCGCCGGAAGGCUCCGCGGAAGCUAGUCAAUCGUCUGCUGUCUCGGUGCGAUCUCAAGACCAGAGCGCCGCUCCGUCUCCUCCUGCGGUCGACCUCCAACCCGAGCUUAGGGUAGUACAGCAAGCCGACGGCGCGCGUGUCUGGACCACCAUCGACGUCUUGCUCACUAUCGGCGCUGUGAAGCUACAUCUCUACGAUGAACAGGCGACUUCCGAGGUGAACCUCAAGGAGCACGGGAUCGCUAGAUUUGCUUUGUCCGAGAACAGUCUGAGGACCAAAGUUCUCUCCGACGGUGCCAUUGAAGCUCAGGUCAUAAUGAAGUCGAUGACAAUGAACAACACUCGCCCAGGACACUCCAAGUUCCGCGAGAUUAUGCCCGCCGCAGAGCAUGAUCGCAAUCAGGUUAUGCUUCUGUACACGAGAUCAGGAGGCAAUGGAUCUGCCCUAGCAGUACUCACAGUCGAUUCCCCCAAGGUCAUCUUCGCUGUUGAUCCCAUCAUAGCGUUACUGGAAUUCUUCACCAGCGCUAUCCCUUCCGCUGCUGCUGUUGAGGGCGACGUCGAUGACCAAGAUACCGGCGCGAACUCGGAUUCCUCGCAGUUGGACUUCCGCCUAGAUCUGCAUGCCGCAUCCGUGAGCGUUCUGCAGGACGACUCCGAUCCAGAGACGCAGGCCAUUCGCUUGGCCGUGAAGCAGGUGCAACUGUCGCAGCAGGGUAUUCUUGCGCUGAGGGUAGAUCGUCUGGGCAUGUCGCUUAUGCGUAUGGGUUCGGGUGCUUCCGACAGUGUUCGCUUCAUGGACGACGUAGACAUGACACUGUCGCUGGACAGUCGGUCGAGUUCGUCGCAACGCUCCACGAGUUUUGAUGUUUCCGUGAAGCCGAUUGUGUUCCGCGCGUCGUACCGGGACAUAAAUCUGAUAACGACCAUCGUGAAUAGGGCGUUGGAUCUCUAUGCUCAGUCAACACAGUCACUGUCCGAAGAGACGUCCACUGUUCAGCAGUCCAACUUCGGGUCUACAAGGCAUACUACUGCAUUGUCGUCUCGCCGUCUAUCGAAGCAGCCGCGUGAAGACCUAGAGUCUGUGGGGCACGCUCGAGUCGUCGUUUCCCAAGAGCAGUUCCGGGGCUCAUUCGACGGCCUUCGCCUAGUCCUAAUUGGAGAUCUCCAUGAACAACCCUUGCUUCAUGUGAAAGUCAAACCUUUCAUACUAGGCGCGAAAGAUUGGUCAGGAGAGCUGCGAGCCACCUCUACGUUGGCUCUACACACGAGCUACUGGAAUAUCACCAAUUCACAUUGGGAACCUCUCAUUGAUCCUUGGACAUUCUCCGCUUCGGUCGCCAGAAAUGGCCCGUCAGGGUCACUUACCCUCAACGUCUCCGCUCGCGAACGGUUGGAUGUCAACAUCACGACGACAUUUAUCGAGCUAGCUCUUGCAACGAUCAAGUUGCUCGGACAGGAGGGCGAUGAUGUGCUUCGCAAAGCUCGAGGCAGCUACGCUCCUUACCGCAUCUACAAUCGCACAGGGUCAUCCAUCUUUGUCUGGUCUGAUCUAGACGGCAGCAGUCAACUGAAGGACACAACGUCCAAACAGAUAGCGAAUGGUAGAACGAUUGACUGGCGGUUUGACGACUGGAAGACCAUACGAGAGCAUGUCACUUCCAGCGGCAACAAUAGCAUUGGUAUGCAGUUCGUGGGGAAACCAUGGGAACAGCUCCGCAGCAUCCCUGUUGACCGAGAGGGCGAAUACACCUUCUCCCUGAGACCGAGGACGGACAAGUUUGCCUAUAGGUUGCUAGCGGAAGUCCGUGUUCAAGAAAACACGAAGGUAGUCACAUUGCGAUCCGUGUACAACGUCGUCAACGAUACUCUGUAUCCCUUGGAGGUGACCCUAGUCGAUGAAUCUGGUCAGCCAAUGCAUCCAGUCGAGAAGAUCGCACCUGGUCAAGAUUUCGCGGUCCCCAUUGAGGCUGUCAACACAGGCAGGAUUCGUGUCCAACCAGACCAGGGCUUCGGAUACAAAUGGUCUCCUGCUACUCGCUGGGAGGACCUGGUCACUAAGCGCAGACUGAAUCUUAAGUGUCCUCACAGCGACCCAUCUGAAGCUGCGUUCCGCUUCCAAACAUGGGUGGAGACCGACGCGAGCGAGACGAGUCCUCGGAAGAUUCCUAGGAUCACGGUGAAAUUGCGCGCUCCAAUCGAGUUGGAGAAUCUGUUGCCGUACAACCUCGAUUACCGCAUAUACGACAAGAAUACCGACCAGAAUUGGCGAAGCUACUUACGCAAAGGGGGUGUGAUGCCCGUUCAUUCAGUUGAGCUAGGACACUUGAUCCUCCUCAACGUCCACGUCCAAGAUACAUCCUUCAAGCAGAGCGAGUUUGCUAUCAUCAACACCGACGGGAACUCUGACUUCGACGUGGAAAAUCGACUCAUACUACGAGACUCGAUGGAUCGCAAGCUGGACUUGAGGUUGAACUACGUGCGUCAUGCCGAUGGGGGAGGCUCCUUCAAAGUGCAGAUCUAUUGCCCGUAUCUUGUGAUCAACAAGACUUCGUUGCCCUUCGCGGUGAGACCUGGGAGAUCGAGUCGGAUAGCAGGUCCGCAAGAUAUGGUGGGCGAGACCAGGGCAGACAUGCUGUCGAAACCCGUACCAUUCAUGCUAUCACAUCCUAGUGACCAAGGAAGAGACUUCGCCUUCAAGGUCGGCGAGUCGACAUGGUCUCAAGUAGUUGCUCUCGAGGCGCCAGCCGCAGACACCAGGCUCGUCAUCCCGGCUCAAACGCGGAGGUCAGAAGAAAUACAAGUCGGCCUCUCGUGGUCAGAAGGCGUUGGCAAGUACAAGCUGACGAAGGUCAUUGUCAUAAGUCCCCGGUUCAUUAUCAAGAACAAUAGUUCGGCGGCAAUCGCUUUCCGUGAGCACGGUGUUGCACCUAGAGGCAAGUAUGAGUUGAGCCCUGGAGAACGUCACCCCCUGCAUUUCAUUCGUUCCACCGACGAGAAGCUGCUCACUAUGGCAUACCCUGGUUUGAAUGCACAAUGGUCGGCGCCGAUCAAUAUGGAGGACAUAGGUUCCAUGCAUUUCCGCCUGCAGAAGCCUGGUGGUGUACCGAGCCUGAUGCGCGCGGACGUGAGGAUGGAGGGAUCGAGCAUUUUCAUUUUCAUCUCUGAUGCAUCCGAGGGCUGGCCGUUUACUAUUGAGAACGAUAGCGGUUCCGACUUUGCGUUCUCUCAGACAGACCAUACGCGCACGGGUCCUGAACCUACGACAAGGACCUAUCCUGUCUACAGGGUGCCUCGGAAGUCAAGUGUUGACUACGCAUGGGAUUUCCCUGCUGCAAGGGACAAGAAGAUCAUUCUUGUCGUCAACGACAGUCGCCGCGCUAUUGACAUCAUGGAGAUCGGAGAUCUUGUGCCCUUCCGUUUCAAUGACCGUCAAACCGUACGCGCGGUGUCGCUCGAUGUUCGGGCCGACGGCCAUAAACAAGUCCUCCGGAUCACCAACUACAAUCCAGCGCAAAGUCUCUAUCGUCCGAAACGUAGCAACUCGGUGACACUGACUAGACAAGAUACGAUGAGCAGUAGUCAAGACGGUUUCGAAGCGGUACAGGAAGAAGUACAACCGUCCUUAUCCGUGGCUCUGGAUUUCGAAGGCAUCGGAGUCUCGCUCAUCAACAGGAAGAUGACGGAGGUUGUCUAUGUCUCGGCCAACGUUCUGAAGUUCGAGUAUGCAGACAGCGCGGUCUCGCAAUCCGUCAAUAUGUCUUGCGGCAGUCUCCAGAUUGACAACCAGCUGCAUGACGCCCUCUUCCCCGUUCUGCUCCAGCCGACGCCCAUAUCCAAGGAAUCAGCUGGUGUUGCGUCGUUGCCCACUAUUCAGGGUUCAACGAUCUGGCUGAAAGAUCAAGAGCAUGGCGUCUUCUUCGUCAAAUACUGUUCUAUUCUGCUUCAAGCCCUCACAAUAGAGGCCGACGAGGACUUCCUAUAUGCGCUGUACGAUCUUACACAGAUCAAGGGCGCCUUUUGGGAUGAAGGCCAAGAAGAUGUCUUGAUACCAUUUCCUGAGGAUAUCAAAGAGCCCGAGCUGACUACAUCCGGCCAAGAUUUGUAUUUCGAAGUCUUGGAGCUGCAGCCCAUCCGACUCGCCAUAUCCUUUAUGCGCACUGAGCGGCUGAGUUCCGAGGACAAGCUCAGUAUACGGAACCCCUUCGCUGUCGUCAUCAAUGCAAUUGCGAUGGCCAUAGGAAACAUCAAUGAUGCGCCCUUGGAGAUGAAUGCGUUGGCGAUCAAGGAUAUGCGUCUGACUCUGCCCGACCUGCAGGAAAGGAUAAUGCAUCACUAUCGACAAGAGGUAUUACGCCAAUUGUAUCGCAUCAUCGGGUCAGCCGACUUCAUUGGCAAUCCCGUUGGCUUGUUCAACAACGUCAGCUCUGGCGUGGCUGAUAUUUUCUACGAACCCUUCAACGGCGCUGUCAUGCAUGGAAACUCCGAGUUAGGGGUCGGCAUUGCGAAGGGUGCUGCAAGCUUCGUGAAGAAGACUGUGUUCGGCUUCUCAGAUAGUAUGACGAAAUUCACGAGUAGUGUUGGCAAAGGACUGUCUGCAACAACCUUCGAUCCCGAGUAUCAGCUACGUCGACGAAUGAACCAAAGGCGGAAUCGCCCUCGUCAUGCUAUCUAUGGCGUCACCGCUGGGGCGGAAGCGUUCGCGAGCAGCGUAGCCAGCGGCAUGGAGGGUGUCUUGUUGAAGCCAUUGGAGGGCGCAGAAUCAGAAGGAGCAAAAGGGUUCUUCAAAGGCGUCGGGAAGGGACUCAUAGGUGCUGUGACGAAGCCAGUCAUCGGAGUGUUCGACCUGGCUUCGAACGUCAGUGAAGGGAUCCGGAAUACAACGACUGUGUUCGACAACCCAGCUCGAGACCGCGUGAGACUUCCACGUCUCGUACCCUCUGAUGGUGUCCUGGUGCCUUACUCUGAGCGAGAGGCCCUCGGCCAGUAUUGGAUGAAGGACUUGAACAACGGAGCGUAUCGACAGGAACUCUACGUAGCACACAUCAAUCUUCCUGGGAGCGACAAUGUCGUCCUGCUGACAACGACAAGGAUACUUUCAUUCUGGUCGAACAAGCUCCGAUUGGAAUGGGACCUGCCUUUCACACUUGUCCAAGGCGUGACGAUAGAAGACACCGGCAUUCGGUUCGCCCACAAGUCAGGCAAGGACCACGACAAGUUCGCCUUCAUCCCGGACAAAAACGCGCAGUCUUGGUUUUUCGGACAAGUUGCCACAGUAGUCAAGGCGUUCAACGCUAGGAGACGAAUGGACUCGUAGACGUAUCGC